GUCUGCGCAAUACAUUGUGGGAUACACUGUCAUGGCGGCGCCCAUACAGCAGAAAUGACAUCUGACUUGAGAUAUUAUUUGCUUAAACUGAUUAUCUUUUCGUCUCUGCUUUCCUUUCUGUAUACUGAAUGAAUUCAGCGAAAAUCUGCAAUGAAGCGGAUAUCAGGCUUGAUUGGCAGGACUGCGUGGUCCUGUUGGCAUCAUGGGAGUCCAUGUCUUCCCCCUGCCUGGGUCCCUGGACCCCCGUCGUCCACCUGUCUUCAGGUCCGACACCUGGCUGCAAAACAGAAUAAGGGCCAAUUCAAAGGUGAGAAGUUCAAAUCGAAACCAGUGAAGCCAGAGAAACAACAGAAGCAGGAGGUGGAGAUCAAACAGAGGAUGACUGUGGCUGAACUCGCCAAGGCCAUGAAUAAAGACAUUGAUCACGUCUAUGAAGCCCUGCUCAACACAGAAGUCGAUCUGGACGAGUUGGAGCCCGACACACUGCUGGAGGAGAAAUGGAUAAAAGAGGCAGUAAAGAGAUCGGGAAUGAAACACAAAUGGGCCAAACUGGUUGAAACCAAAGUCAGAGAAAACAAAGAUAUCCAGAAAACGCCUCCCCCAGAUCCCGCUCAGUUAGUCCCUCGAGCUCCAGUGGUGACCAUCAUGGGUCAUGUAGACCAUGGAAAGACCACCCUUCUGGACAGCCUGAGGAAGAGUCAGAUCGCUGCUCAGGAGGCGGGAGGAAUCACACAACACAUCGGAGCCUUCCGGGUUCAGCUGCCCUCGGGUGAAAAGAUCACUUUUCUGGACACACCUGGUCAUGCAGCGUUUUCUGCCAUGCGGGCGCGUGGAGCCAUGGUCACUGAUAUCGUCAUCCUGGUGGUGGCAGCCGAUGACGGUGUGAUGAAACAGACAAUUGAGUCCAUACAGCAUGCAAAAAAAGCCAAAGUGCCGAUCGUCAUCGCUGUGAAUAAAUGUGAUAAACCUCAGGCUGACCCGCACCGUGUGAAAGAGGAGCUUGUAGGACAUGAAGUAGUCUGUGAGGAGUUUGGUGGGGAAAUACAGGCCAUCCAUGUGUCUGCAUUAAAGGGGGAUAAUCUAUUACAGCUGGCUGAAGCCACGGUGGCACUGGCAGAGGUCCUGGAGCUGAAGGGUGACCCCACAGGCCUGGUAGAAGGGACGGUCAUCGAGAGCCGCACAGACAGAGGCAGAGGGCCUGUCACCACGGCCAUCAUCCAGCGUGGCACUCUGAGGAAGGGCUGUACGCUGGUGGCAGGAAAGUGCUGGGCUAAAGUGCGCUUCAUGUUUGAUGAGCACGAUCAGGAUGUGUGUGAGGCCGGGCCCAGCAUCGCUGUGGAGAUCGUGGGUUGGAAAGAUCUUCCCUCUGCUGGUGAGGAGAUCCUGGAGGUGGAAUCAGAGCAAAGGGCCCGUGAGGUGGUGGAGUGGCGCAGCUACAUGGAAGAGCAGGACAAGCUGAAAGAAGACCAGCAGGUCAUCGAAGCCAAGCAGAAGCAGCAUGACGACAGCUACAAGAGAGAGCGGGAGAGCAUGGCCCAUCUCUCCUGGAGACAGAGGAGGGCGGCCAUGUACCGGGCCAACAAACACAAACUCAUCCACCGGGCCAGUGAGAAAACUGACAUGGAGGAACUCACGCUGCCCGUGAUCAUCAAAGGGGAUGUUGACGGCUCAGUGGAGGCUAUUUUGAACAUCCUGGAAAGUUAUGAUGCUGAUGACCAGUGUCAGUUGGAUGUGGUACAUUUUGGUGUGGGCGACAUCACAGAAAAAGACAUCACCUUGGCAGAGACGUUCUCAGGCAUCAUAUAUGGUUUCAAUGUUGAUGCAAAUAAAUCGAUUCAGCAGAUGGCUGCUAAGAGGGACAUUCCCUUACGAUUACACAGAGUCAUCUACAAACUCAUAGACGAACUGAAAGACGACUUGAGCAGCAAACUGUCCCCAACCACUGAAGAAAAUAUCGUUGGCGAGGCCUCAGUUCUGGCCACGUUUGAUGUGACGGUCGGGAAAAAGAAGAUCCCAGUGGCUGGCUGUAGAGUUCAGAAGGGCCUUCUGGACAAAAAGAUGAAAUUUAGACUUAUUCGAGGAAGAGAGAUUCUCUGGGAAGGAUCACUGACAACAAUGAAACAUCUGAAGGAUGAUGUUCAGACGGUGAGGACAGGCAUGGAAUGUGGCCUUUCUUUAGAUAAUGACGAGCUACAAUACAAACCCGGGGAUGAAAUAGUUUGUUACACCGAAUCUGAGUUGAAACAGAAAAUAUCUUGGGAUCCAGGAUUUUAAGGGACUGCAGUUGGCGCAUCAGUAUACUGUACUGUA